GAGGAGUCUAUAUUGGCCCUUCCGCUACCAGCAAGGGCAAAAGAGAGGCUGGAGCCCCCAGGACAGCCAGAACGCUAACACUGCAAAGGGCCUCUGUCCUUACUGGGGAAGCCCAAUCUUGCUUAGCUAUCUUCUUCAGCAACAAACAGAAGUCAAGAAAGAGAAACAGUUGUGGAGGAACCUGUUGUGAUGAUAAUUUACUGAGCACCUACUAUGUGCCAGGCACGCCAACCUUACCAGACAAGAUCCUUGGGCUCAUGGAAUUCACUUUCUCAUGGGAGAGACAAACAAUAACACGUAGAAACAUAUCAGCUGGUGGAGGCAGUAACCGAGGGAGUGUGGCCAUGCCCUGAAGUGAAUUCAGGUCCAAGGAGCCUGCUGCGACCCAGGAAAAACGAGAGAAGGACCAGAAAUUGUGGUGGAGGCAAAUUCAAGGUCAGAAGACUGGGGAGGAGGUGCUAAGAGAGGUCUGGAGAGAUGCUGGGACCGAGAACUGGAGCCUCAGUGAGAUCAGCAGGCUGCAGCUCAACUGUGGUAUCCGGACUAUGCGGCUGAGGCCCUGGGAGGGAGGCCACUUGUGUAAGUCCUCCAGGAGGGCGAUGGAGGAGCCGGCAUUCAAACCAGACUCAUGGAUGUCAAGAUAUGCACGCAGAGAGGGAAGCCCGGCAGAGCAAUGCCUACCCCGAGGUAGACCUUCUGCCAGAAGCAUGGCUUGAUGUUUGAGGUCGUUGAUCUGAGGUGGGGUAUUCGGAACACUGAAGUCACUGACCUCUUGACCACAGAACUCUGCUUGGAGGAGGUUGACUGGUGUUGGAAAACAUCCAUAGGGCCAGCUUUUGUUGCCCUCAUCGGUGAUCAGUACGGCCCCUGUGUGAUUCCCUCGCGGAUCGAUGAGAAGGAGUGGGAGGUAUUGAGGGCCCGUCUGACUGCCAGGCCAAGUGACCUGGAGCUGGUGGCACGACACUUCCGGAGGGACGAGAAUGCGGUUCCUCUCACCUACAUCCUGCAGGCACCAGGUACUGGGGAGGCCUGUGAACCAGAGGAGGCUACCCUAACCUCUGUCCUACGCUCUGGAGCCCAGGAGGCCCGCAGGCUGGGGCUCAUCACCCAGGAGCAGUGGCAGCGCUACCACCGGUCAGACACAUGGGCGGCUCCUCGUGGCCCACGUGCUGGGCUACAUCGUGUCUUCCCGGAACUCCUGGCCCGGCUUGGGCAGCAGCUCAGGCACGAUGACAGCAAGCAGCACACCCCCCUGGUACUCUUCGGGCCCCCGGGCAUCGGAAAGACGGCCCUGAUGUGCAAGCUGGCUGAGCAGAUGCCAAGGCUGCUCGGGCACAAGACGGUGACUGUCCUGCGGCUGCUGGGGACGUCGCAGAUGAGCUCGGAUGCCCGUGGCCUGCUGAAGAGCGUCUGCUUCCAGGUGUGCCUGGCCUAUGGGCUGCCCUUACCCCCUGCCCAGGUUCUGGAUGCCCACACCAGGGUGGUCCAGUUUUUCCACACCCUCCUCCACACCGUCUCCUGCAGAAACUUCGAGUCUCUUGUGCUCCUGCUGGAUGCUAUGGAUGACGUGGACUCUGUCCGCCAUGCUCGGAGGGUUCCCUGGCUGCCUCUCAACUGCCCCCCGAGGGUGCACCUCAUCCUCUCAGCUUGCUCGGGGGCACUGGGGGUUUUGGACACCUUACAGCGAGUGCUCCUGGACCCGGAGGCCUACUGGGAGGUGAAGCCCCUCUCUGGAAACCAGCGCCAGGAGAUGAUCCAACACCUGCACGGUCUCUCGGAGGCGGAGCUGAAGGAUGUUUUGUCCUUGGACGACGAGGUCCUGCAGGCUGUGUACCGGGACUGGACCCCACCCAGCAAGGAGCUGCUGCGCUUCCCGCCCCUGCUGUGGGUGCGACUUCGUCGGGAUCUGGGAUACUACUUGGCCCGGCGGCCCGUGGAUGGCUUCACCCUCCUGGCCAUUGCCCACAGGCACGGUCUCUCGGAGGCGGAGCUGAAGGAUGUUUUGUCCUUGGAUGACGAGGUCCUGCAGGCUGUGUACCGGGACUGGACCCCACCCAGCAAGGAGCUGCUGCGCUUCCCGCCCCUGCUGUGGGUGCGGCUUCGUCGGGAUCUGGGAUACUACUUGGCCCGGCGGCCCGUGGAUGGCUUCACCCUCCUGGCUAUUGCCCACAGACAGCUGGUCGAGGUGGUCCGUGAGCGCUACCUGUCGGGAUCCGAGAGAGCCAAGAGGCAUGGCGUUCUGGCUGACUUCUUCUCAGGGACCUGGAGCCAGGGUACCAAGAAGCUCAUCACUCUGCCACUUGUAGGGAAACCCCUAAACUUGGACCGAAAGGUGGCCCCUCAGCCUCUGUGGUUCUCAGACACGGUUGCAAACCUGCGGAAGCUGAAGGAGCUGCCUUAUCACUUGCUUCAUUCGGGCCGCCUGGAGGAACUGAAACAGGAGGUUCUGGGCAGCAUGAGCUGGAUCUCCUGCCGGGGCAUCUCUGGGGGCAUCGAAGACCUGCUGGACGACUUUGACUUGUGUGCCCCUCACCUGGACUCUCCUGAGGUUGGCCUGGUCCAUGAAGCCCUCCAGCUCUGCCGCCCUGCUGUGGAACUCCGAGGCAUGGAGAGGAGCCUCCUGUACACAGAACUGCUGGCCAGACUCCAUUUCUUCGCCACCUCACAUCCAGCACUGGUGGGACAGCUAUGCCAACAGGCCCAGAGCUGGUUCCAGUUAUGCGCACACCCUGUGCUGGUGCCCCUCGGAGGAUUCCUCCAGCCCCCAGGAGGACCCCUCCGGGCAACCCUCAGCGGUUGUCACAAAGGCAUCACCGCCAUGGCAUGGGGUAUGGAGGAGAAGCUGCUGGUGAUUGGCACCCAGGAUGGCAUCAUCGCUGUGUGGGACAUGGAAGAGCAGCAUGUGAUCCACAUGCUAACGGGACACACAGGUGAGGUGAGGUGCGUGAAAGUAUUUGCCAAAGGGACCCUUGCCAUCUCUGCUUCGAAGGAUUACACGCUACGCUUAUGGAACUUACUCACUGGCCAAGAGAAAUUUACCAUUUGGGAUGGAGGCUCAAAAAAUCCCACUGAACCUCAGAUCUGGAGCCUUCAUGUGGAUGAGGCACAUAAAGUUGUGUAUUCGGCAUCUGCCUCAAAGAUCAAUGCUUGGAAUCUGGAAACUGCAGAGCCGGUUUUCCAUAUCCUGGGAGAUGCCUCUGAUCCUUGGAUGUGCAUGGCCAUGCUGGCCUCCCAGGCCACGCUGCUGACAGUGUCCAGGGAUGGUGUGGUCAGUCUGUGGAGCUCAGCCACAGGAAAACUUCAGGGGCAGCAACAUAUGUCCAGCAUCAAGGAAGAAACACCUACCUGUGCCGUCUCAGUCCAGAAGCAAGGAAAGCUUGUUACCGGGUUUAGCAAUGGCUCCAUCUCUUUGGUUUCCUCCAAAGAGGACAGAUUGCUGGAGAAGCUUCCAGAUGCUGUGAGGUUCCUGGUGGUCUCUGAAGAUGAGUCCCUCCUUGCCGCAGGUAGCAUUAAGCUCUCAUUUGGAGUACCCAAUGGGCUGAAGCGCGUUUCUGAACUGUGGUUGUCCACAGAAGAUGUCAGAUCUGCCCUCCUGUUGCUUCCUCAGGUGUGGAGUCUGUCAGAACAGGGGACCCUGCUGGACAUCCUGGAAGGCGUCGGGGCCCCCGUGAGCCUGCUGGCCCGCGGUGGGGCUUUGGUGGCGUCUGCUUCCCUGCAGUCCUCAUCUUUCAAAGUCUGGGAUCUCAGCAAUGCUCAUAGGUCCCGGGUCCCUGCGCCAUUUCUGGACCGCACUGGCCUCACUGCAGUGUCCCACAAUGGAAGCUACGUCUACUUCCCCAAAAUUGGGGACAAAAGCAAAGUCACUAUUUGGGACCUGGCAGAAGGCGAAGAACAAGAUUCCCUGGACGCCUCCAGUGAGGUCAGGUGUCUGGAGGUUGCUGAGCAGCGUGAGCUCCUAUUCACUGGCCUCGUGUCAGGGGUCGUCCUUGUGUUCCCCCUGAAUUCCAGGCAGGAUGUGAUAUGCAUUCCCCCUCCUGAGGCCCGGAAAGCAAUCCACUGCAUGUCCCUGAGCAAGUGCGAGGACCACCUGGCCAUCGCCUAUGACAACAUGGUCCUGGUGCUGGACAUCGCCCCCGGGGACCCCUGCCCGGUCAUCAAUGGGCCAAGGUACACCUUUUAUACCCAGCUGCCCGAGACCAUCUCCAGCGUGGCCAUUCUGACGGACUACCGCGUGAUCUACAGCAUGACCAACGGGGACCUCUUUCUUUACGAGUGUGCAAAUUCCAAAACGUUUCCCUUGGAGGCCCACAGGAGCCGAGUUGCCUGUGUGGAGGUCAGCCACAAGGAGCAGUUGGUGGUCAGCGGGUCUGAGGAUGCCCUGCUGCGUCUCUGGGACUUGCAGGCACGCAAGUGGAAAUUCGAGAUGAGCUACACGAGUUCUUACUGCAGAGGGGUCCAAUGUGCUUGCUUCUCCAAGGAUGACAAGUAUGUGUACGUGGGCUUAAAGGAUCGCUCUAUACUUGUUUGGAGUGUGCUGGACGGCACCCUGCUGACAGUCCAGUUUGUCCAUGCUGUGGUAAACAGAAUCAUCCCAACCACUAGUGGCUUCAUUGCCCCCAGCAGGCAUGGUUAUCUGAUCCGAGAGCGUUUCCAGUGCCUUUCAGCAAGAGCCUCACAGCAGGACCCUCUCAGGAACUUCAAGAAGGCAGUGUGGAUGGUCAAAUCCAGGCAGAGGGAGGAACUAGUGGCAGCUGCAGGAGCUCCCCGGGACUUGGAGUCAGAGAGUGCCCAGGGAAAUGAAACAAAAUCAAACAAAAGCUCACAAGUCUGCCUGAUAGUGUAAAAAAAAAACAACAAAAAAAAAACAGUGGGGGUACGGGGCUCCAAUGAGUUAGCCCCAUUUAAUCUGGUUAAAGCAAAAAGAAUAUGUUUGCUGGUGUAUAUCUGGACCCAUGGCUUCAGAUUAUGUGACCCAGACCUUGCCUCUUCUCAUCUUUCCAUUCUUCUUUUCUCUUUUUCAUUUUCAUUCUCAGACUUGCCACCCCCAGGUUAGCAACAUGGUAGCCAAUAUGCUGCUGUCUCCAAUUUCAAUAGAAAAGAGAGCUUCUCUUUCCCAACAGUCCUAGCCUCAACUCUAUUGGUCCCAAUUGGCCCAUAUGCCUAGCCCUAAACCAACUGUUGUAUCUAGGAGAAGGCAGAACUCUAAUUGGCUGGACUGACCCAAUGUCUACCACUGGAACUGAGAAUAGAAGAGAUUACUCCUGAGAUGCAAAUUCGGGUUCUGGUACCAGAUGAAGGGGGAAUAGAUGAAUGUGAGAUAUAGCAAACCACUGAUGUGGACCACAGAACUUCACAGUUUAUAAAGCUUUAGAUGCUGUCAUCUGAUCCUCAUCACAACCCACACUUUAGGGAGGGCAGGGAUUUCUGCAUCUAUUUU